CUAACCCAUUUUUAAUUGUCAAUAAUUGUCAUAAUAAUUUUUUCCCCCACCUAACCCAUUUUUAAUUGUCAAUAAUUGCAUGGAGUUCCGACGACCCUCGUCCCAUCCCCAUCGCACAGUUGUGUAUGGAAAAGCCAUAACACGUUUGUAUAGUCCUAUUAGUCCACCAGCCUCGUGUACUAUAAAUUCAAUGUUGAUUACUUCACUUCCUCCCACACUACCACUAACGCAACAACAGUUAACAAAAGCAACCAAGUUAGGAAGAUGAGCAAUCUGCUAUGCGGGAAGCUGGAGGCAUGUUUUGUGAUCAGGCUCCCGGCAAGUCAGCACCACGACAUCUUCAGCGGGAGGCCUCAUCACGUCUCCGGCAUGGCUCCGACCAAGAUCAAGAACUGUGCUCUCCAUGAAGGCGACUUUGGCAAAAAGGGUUCCAUAGUUAUCUGGGACUAUGUUCAUGAUGAGGUUCACAAGGUGGCCAAGGAACUAGUCGAAGACAUCGAUGAUGUGAAUUUUUCGACCACUUUCAAGGUGAUCGAAGGCGAUCUUUUGAAGGAGUACAAAGAGUUCAAGAUUGUGGUCAAGGCAACUCCCAAAUCAGAGAACACUAGUCUCAUCCACUGGACUAUGGAGUAUGAGAAGCUGAACGAUGAUAUCCCCGAGCCCUUCUCCCUUUUGAAAUUUGUUGUUCAUCUGAGCAAAGAUAUCGAUGAUCACCACACGAAAAAGUGAUCACAUCAGUUAUCUGGUUCGACGUGAUUACCCCAUAAGCAGCAUAUGUGAUUCGUACCCUUAAUAUCUGUAACGUAAAAGUGCAUGCAGACAGCAGUACUGCUGCAUCGAUCUGCCUUUGUUUACUAGCAAGGCGUCGCUACGGUUGUUCUUUUAGUUUCAUCAUUUCUUGGGUUUGUUAUGUCCUCCUCGGUACCUUCGUGUUAUGUUAUGUUAUGUCAUGAUGCUGGUGAUAUACGGCAACAAAUAAUGAUAAUAAUAAUGAUUAUGUGGGAAUUUGCAAAUGCUGUGAAUUCAACCGGUCGGGUAUUCGAGGUGACCGGCUGGGUAUUUUGAAAUGCUGCGCUGCGACCAUGGGAGAAUACCUGAUCGAGGUCCAAAAUACUCGAUCGGGUAUUUAAGCGAUCUGUCGGGACCCCUUCUGUUUCCUGGCCUCCAUAAUAUGUUAUCCCCGGCCUCGUCUUGUAUUUUACCUGGUCGGGUAUUUUAACUCCUGAUCGGGUAUUUUCUUCUUCCCUUGCCCUUCAGUCCAACUUCCUCCUUUUUGAGUUUCCACGCCUCCAUGUCCACACCAAGUCCUGAAAUAUGACAUUAACUCAUAACCUAACGUGAAAUUGGUUUAAAACACGAGAAUCGUCUCUCAAAUGGCUCAAAAAUGGAAGUAUAAACAUGUGCAAUUAAUGGUCUAUCACAGAUCCUCAACCCCUCGCGUCGUUUGCUGUAAUAUCGCAAGUCAGAUUACUGGCUGGUUGGUUGUCGCUAGGAAAGUUGAUCGGGAGAUUGCUGAAUCGUGGCUCAGAAGACUGAAGCUCCAUCUUGUCCCAGGAAGAAGAAUGUUGGAUGCUGCUGUUCGUGAACAUGCCAACCCGAUAGGUUAACGAGAGUUGCUAUCUGUCCUGCUCGGGUCUCCUUUGGCCCUGUCUUUUUGUUUUCUUCGCUUUUGGCUGCCUGAGUAUUUGCGGAGGCGCUGUUCUUGUUUGAAACAGCUCUUGUCCCGGGUCUCUCUGUUACCCGUGUGUUUGUUUUCAUUGGUCUUCCUCUGUUUUGCAUUAGGCUUUUGACUUUGUAAUUCUCAAUUUAUGUCACCAUUAUCCAAAAAAAAAAAAAAAUUAAUAGUAACAUAUAUAACUGUUUUGUUUAGUAAGCUGUCAAAACUCAAAAGUCAAAACUCACACAAUGAUAUCUUCAAAUCUUAUCGGAUCUCAACCACAGUUUUGUCGAUACCAAUCAGUCCAUCCCUAUUGCCUCGUUUAUUCGUUUUCUAUUUAGGUAUAUAUGUGCAAUUAUAGGAGAAGAAAAUCGCAAUUUACUUUUUAGAAAUAUUUCCAUUAUAUAUUGCAAUUCUGGUAAUUUUUACUAUUUAUUUAUGAGCAUAUAGUACAAAAUAUUUUUCUAUAAAAUCCAUAUGUGAAGUCCUCCAUCCAACUGUCAAUCUGUCAUACAUUGAUAAUAAAUUCAUUAAUUAGAGGAAGAAUUUCUGUAUCCCUUUGAAUUUUCUCCCUCCCUAUGAUUGCACGGAUUCUAGAGAGAGGAGCCUUUUUAUACUAGUUAAAACUUAAAACCUAUUUUUCUAACUCUUCAUUUUUUCUAUGGGUCCGUAUCUCAUUUUUCUGUUCAUAGAUAUAUAAAUUGAUAUUCUUUUUGCUGUAUUUUGAACACAAAAUAAUAGUCAUUUAAAACAUGUAAUUUCGAUAAUACUAUUACUUGCAUAUUAUGAUAUUAUCAAAGCGAUAAUAUCGUUAUAUGACAGUGAUAUUAUAAAGUAUCUCAUUCUGA